GGAUUUCGAUUACGGUCCAAAUGGAGUUUUGGUGAUGCAACGCAGCGAGCCAAUAUUGUGGAAUGUAUUGAUAUCCUGCCGGAGAUCAAUACGUUGGUCGUUGCUUUCAGAGGAUCAAAAUGCAUUUUUUAUGACAUCAAUCGAAAGCAUAAUACCGAUCCUAUUCAGGUCCUGAAAACAGGGGGUCAUCCUUGGUUCGUACCGGAUUUUAUUACCCUCAACCAUGAUUACUUUGCUCUUUCCGGUCGCAAACCAUCCGCCGUGUUUGUUUGGAAUUGGAGAAAAGGUGUACGAUUAUGCAGC